AUGAGCCUCCUCGUGCAGGUCUUGCUCGUCUUCACCUUGACGUCGUCGGCCUUUGCCGGAGGCGGCGGCGGUGCCGUUGGCGGAGGGAGCCUGGGGUUCGGCGGUGGCGGCCUUGGAUUCGGAGGCGGCGGUCUUGGAUUCGGAGGCGGCUCCGUGGUCGUGGCUCCAGUAGCCGCCACACCUGUGGCAUUCACCACGCCCGUGGCGCGGGUCAACUACGUGGCGAAACCCGUGGUGAACGUGAAUUAUGUCGCCAAACCCGUGGUCAACUAUGUCGCCAAACCCGUGGCCACCGUUACGCAUGCCGUGCGGCCGCGGCUGACCAUCGCGGCGGGCGUUCCGGUCAGUCUGGUGGACGGACUCGGCAGUGCCGGGUACGGCGGGGGUCUGGGAGGUGGGUUCGGCGGAGGUCUCGGAGGUGGAUUCGGCGGUGGACUCUUUCUCGGUGGUGGCCACGGGCUCGGUUACGGUGGCGGAGGAGCUGGACUCCUUUUGGAAGGCGGAGGUCACGGAGUCGAAUACAAGUGGUAG